AUGAAGUUCUGCAUCAAGGCCUGUUUUGUGGUCUUGGUGGUUGCUGUGUACUGCGCUUCAGCUGAACCUGAACCAGAACCAGAACCAGGACAUGAAGAAAAGCAAGUGAUUGUCGUCAAGGACAAACAAGAGCAUCACCAUCAUCAUCACCAUCACCAUCAUCAUUCUCACGGUCACGAACACAAGCACGGUCACGAACAUAAGCAUGGUCAUGAGCAUAAGCAUGACCAUAACCACGGACACAAGCACUUGCAUGGACACAAGCAUGAGCACGGGCACAAACAUGAACAUGGCCACAAACACGAGCACGGACACAAACACGGUCAUCACCAUCAUCAUGGCCAUGAACACAAACACGGACACCAUCACAAACACGGACAUCAUCACAAACACGGACAUGAGCACAAGCAUGGUCAUCAUCACAAACACGGGCAUGAACACAAGCACGGACACGAUCACAAACAUGGUCACGAACACAAGCACGAACAUGGACACAAGCACGGUCACCACCAUCUCCACAAGCACGGUCAUGAACACGGGCAUAAGCACGGUCAUGAGCACGGACAUCACCACGGACACCACCACGCACACAAACAUGGCCACGAGCACGGACAUCACCAUGCUCACAAACACGGACAUGAACACGGACAUCAUCAUGGACACCACCACGGACAUAAACACGGCCACGAACAUGGACAUCAUCAUGCUCACAAACAUGGACACGAACACGGACAUCAUCACGGACAUCAUCAUGGCCACAAGCACGGACAUCAUCAUGGACAUCAUCACGGUCACAAGCACGGACACCACCAUGGUCACAAGCACGGACAUCACCACGGCCACAAACACGGACAUCACCACGGACACCACCACGGCCACAAGCACGGACACGAGCACGGUCACAAGCACGGACACCAUCACGGCCACAAGCAUGGCCACGAGCACGGACACCACCACGGUCACAAACAUGAAAUCCAUUUUAGUCACGGUGGCCAUCAUGGUCAUGGUUUGGAUCUUCAUGGAUAUGACUUGCACCGAUGA